AUGUCAUCCAGAGAAGCCACCCUCCCUCCCUACACCAUGUCUUCCAUGGUCAUCUACGCCAUCCAGUGCUCUCCGCAGAAAGCCUUGACCUUGUCAGAGAUCUGCAUGUCCCUAGAGGCCAUGUUUCACGUCUAUGGCGGCAACGACCAAGCUUGGUACAACAAGGUCCGUAACGUCCUCUCCAAGAACAACCACUUCGUCAAGAUGAGGCAUCCCAACAACAGCCGCAAGUGCUUGUGGACCGUCGACCUGUCCCUGGUUCCCCUCAGUUCGUUCCGGAAGCAGACGACACGUAAAGAAAGUCACAGCACCUGGCCUAACCUUCUUCAUCAUUACCUUGGAGUUCCGGAAAUCGAGCUUCGCAGCGUCGUGUCAUCGAGUGUAACUUCCGGAAGUGAAUCCCCGAGUGUUGCGUCAUCUCAGCUCAGCUUCGGCAUUGACCGUAUCCUCAGCAUGUCUCCUAGGACGACGAGGACCCCGAAGACUCACACAGCAGACGAUUCGGUUUUUCAUGAAGAUACCUGUUCCGGAUGUGACUCAUUUUGCAGUGUGUUCGAUUCCACAUACGACGACAGUGAUUCAGUUCAUAGCAUUUGUUAUUCCUCCAUGGAAAGAUUCCGAGGUUGUUCCGAUGUGUCAUCCUCCAAAGAUAUCCAAGAGUUUGGUCAUUCCACCCGCAUCUUCUCGGAUUCUAGUUUUGUUUCCCUAGACGCUCCUUGUUCACCCAUUGAGCCAGAGCUAUCACAGGAAGACAUUUUCGCGGGUGUUGAAGAACUCCAGUCCCUUUUGGAACCCGACGACGUCAUCGACUUUGCCCCUUCAGACGAUUCCGUCAACAUUUCACCGGCCGACAGUUACAGUCUUUCGGCCCUUGAUACUAUCGCCGACUUUGUCAUCUCUACACAAUGCCCGGGAGAUUUCUUCAUGGAGUUUGAGCCUUACCUGCGGGACCUCAGUGACUGA